AGUAGGCGGCGGGUUCUCGCUGGGUGUUUGACUAGUCCCUUCUCUGCCUUGCUUGCUUGAGCUUCAGCGGAAUUUGAAAUGGCUGGCGGUAAGGCUGGGAAGGACGCCGGACAGGCCAAGACAAAGGCGGUUUCCCGCUCUCAGAGAGCCGGUUUGCAGUUCCCGGUGGGCCAUAUUCAUCGACACCUGAAAUCUAGGACGACCAGCCAUGAACAUGUGGGCGCGACUGCUGCUGUGUACAGCGCAGCCAUCCUGGAGUACCUCACCGGAGAAGUACUUGAAUUAGCAGGAAAUGCAUCAAAAGACUUGAAGGUAAAGGGUAUUACCCCUCGUCCCUUGCAACUUGCUAUUCGUGGAGGUGAAGAAUUGGACUCUCUCAUCAAGGCUACAAUUGCUGGUGGUGGUGUCAUUCCACACAUCCACAAAUCUCUGAUUGGGAAGAAAGGACAACAGAAGACUGUCUAAAGGAUGCCUGGGUUUCUUAUCAUCUCAGGACUCUGAAUACUCUAACAGCUGUCCAGUGUUGGUGAUUCCAGUGGACUGUACCUCUGUGAAAAACACAAUUUUGCCUUUUUGUAAUUCUAUUUGAGCAAGUUGGAAGUUUAGUUAGCUUUCCAACCAACCAAAUUUCUGCAUUCGAGUCUUAACCAUAUUUAAGUGUUACUGUGGCUUCAAAGAAGCUAUUGAUUCUGAAGUAGUGGGUUUUG